UUUUUUUUUAAUGAAAAUUACCGAAGCGCGUUGCAAAAAAAAAAAAAAAAAAGGAGCUCUCCCAGUGCUUUGUGCUACACUGGAUCCCGAGGAGGUCAAUUUCAUGAAUUCAAAAGCAAUUUACCAGUGAUUUCUGGGAGCUGGGGCUGAUUUUCUUGUGUAUUUUGGCAGUGGUUCCUUGUGAUUUGGGAAGGUGUCAGAGGUGUUAUGCCAUCAAACUCUGAAGUGCUGGCUGGUGUGGUAGGAGAAAGCAGGACAGAAGAGUGGAAGAACAGCCAUUAUAUAAGAAUGUCUUCCAAGCAGGCUACCUCUCCAUUUGCGUGUGCAGCUGAUGGAGAGGAAACAAUGACCCAGGACUUAGCAUCACGAGACAAGGAAGAGGGCAACAGUGAUCAGCAUGCGACCUCUCAUCUGCCUCUACAUAAUGUAAUGCACAACAAACCUCAUUCUGAGGAGCUACCAACUCUGGUCACAACCAUCCAACAAGAUCCUGAGUGGGAUGGAGUCAUCUCAGCCCAACACAGAAUGGAGUCCGAGAAUAAUAAGUUAUGUUCCCUAUAUUCCUUCCGAAAUACCUCUACCUCACCAAACAAGCCCGACGAAGGAGGACGUGACCGCAGUGAGCUAAUGACCAGUGUUAAUUUUGGUACGCCGGAACGCCGCAAAGGAAGCCUUGCAGAUGUGGUGGACACACUGAAGCAGAAGAAACUAGAAGAAAUGACCAGGACUGAGCAAGAGGAUUCAUCCUGCAUGGAAAAGCUACUUUCUAAAGACUGGAAGGAGAAGAUGGAAAAAUUAAACACAAGUGAUCUCCUUGGAGAAAUUAAAGGUACACCAGAAAGCCUGGCAGAAAAAGAGCGACAGCUCUCUACUAUGAUCACCCAGCUGAUCAGCUUACGGGAGCAGCUCCUGGCUGCCCAUGAUGAACAGAAAAAGCUGGCAGCCUCACAAAUUGAAAAACAACGGCAGCAAAUGGACCUUGCUCGCCAACAGCAAGAACAGAUUGCAAGACAACAGCAGCAACUUCUGCAACAGCAGCACAAAAUCAAUCUACUGCAGCAGCAAAUUCAGCAGGUUCAGGGUCACAUGCCUCCGCUCAUGAUCCCAAUUUUUCCACACGACCAGCGGACACUGGCAGCGGCUGCUGCAGCCCAGCAGGGAUUCCUCUUCCCCCCAGGAAUAACUUACAAGCCAGGUGAUAACUACCCUGUGCAGUUCAUUCCAUCAACAAUGGCAGCUGCUGCUGCUUCUGGACUCAGCCCUUUACAGCUCCAGCAACUGUAUGCAGCUCAGCUGGCAAGCAUGCAGGUUUCUCCUGGAGCCAAAAUGCCAUCUACACCACAGCCACCAAAUUCGACUGGGGCACUCUCACCCACUGGGAUGAAAAAUGAGAAGAGAGGGACCAGCCCGGUAACUCAAGUUAAGGAUGAAGCAGCCCAGCCACUGAAUCUUUCAGCCCGACCCAAAACAGCUGAACCUGUCAAAUCCCCAACAUCUCCAACACAGAACCUCUUCCCAGCUAGUAAAAGCAGUCCAGUGACAGUGACGAACAAGAGUGGCAUCCCCAGCCCACUUGGUGGAUCUCUGGGAAGAGGAUCCUCUUUAGACAUCCUUUCCAGUCUUAAUUCACCUGCCCUAUUUGGGGACCAGGACACAGUAAUGAAAGCCAUUCAGGAGGCUCGGAAAAUGAGAGAGCAGAUCCAAAGGGAGCAGCAGCAGCAACAGCAGCCACAUGGUGUUGAUGGAAAAUUGCCCUCCAUGAAUAACAUGGGUCUAAACAACUGCAGGAAUGAAAAGGAAAGAACAAGGUUUGAAAAUUUAGGUCCACAGUUAACAGGGAAACCCAAUGAAGAUGGAAAACUGGGCCCUGGUGUCAUUGAUCUUACGAGGCCAGAAGAUGCAGAAGGGAGUAAAGCAAUGAAUGGCUCUGCAGCUAAACUACAGCAGUAUUAUUGUUGGCCAACAGGAGGUGCCACUGUGGCUGAAGCUCGAGUCUACCGGGAUUCGCGGGGCCGAGCCAGUAGCGAACCACACAUCAAACGACCAAUGAAUGCUUUCAUGGUUUGGGCAAAGGAUGAGCGUCGAAAAAUUCUCCAAGCCUUCCCUGACAUGCACAACUCCAACAUUAGCAAAAUCCUAGGAUCUCGCUGGAAGUCUAUGUCAAAUCAAGAGAAACAACCUUAUUAUGAAGAGCAGGCACGGCUAAGUAAAAUCCACCUAGAAAAGUAUCCUAAUUACAAAUACAAACCUCGACCAAAACGUACCUGCAUUGUUGAUGGAAAGAAACUGCGUAUUGGUGAAUACAAACAACUGAUGAGGUCUCGAAGACAGGAGAUGAGGCAGUUUUUUACCGUAGGACAACAGCCUCAAAUUCCAAUCACCACGGGAACGGGGGUUGUCUAUCCUGGUGCUAUUACCAUGGCGACUACCACACCAUCGCCUCAGAUGACAUCAGAUUGCUCGAGCACAUCUGCCAGCCCUGAGCCCAGCAUCCCUGUCAUUCAGAGCACUUAUGGUAUGAAGACGGACAGCGGAAGCCUUGCUGGAAAUGAAAUGAUAAAUGGAGAGGAUGAAAUAGAAAUGUACGAGGACUAUGAGGAUGAUCCCAAAUCAGACUAUAGCAGUGAAAAUGAAGCCCACGAGGCAGUCAGUGCCAACUGAGGAGUGUUCACAGAAUUAAAGUACUCAGACUCUUUUGGGUUUUUUUGGGUUUUUUUGAACAAAAGUUCUUAAAGAGCCUGCAUGCAUGUGUGGCUCCUACAGUUACAUCAGCAGAAUGGUCUUAAAUGUUUCUUAACGUGUGAGACAGAUUGUUUCCCUAAUUUUUCAUGAACUUGGGUUUUUUGUUGUUGGUUUUUCAUUUUUUGUUUUGGGUUUUGUUUUGUUUUUUUUUUUUAAUUUAGAUGAAGACAUAUAUUAAAUAACAGACAUCAGGACUUGAAAACUUAUAUGAAUCAAUAGCUGUCUUACAAGUCUUACCUUCUGUCUUUUUCUGUUUGGAUGCUGAUAAAGAUUUAAGUUACUGUUUUAGAUGGGGGUUAUACAUUCUCACUCAGGUAUGCUGUGCCAGCCUACAGGUUGUGAAUGUGUUUUUAUUCUGGAUUAUUUUAGAAAACAAAACCUUCAGAUUUCAUAUUGUGAAACAGAACAAGUCCACAAGUGUGCACAUCUGUGCAUCAUAGCUUGUCUUUAAAAAAUAGUCUCUGAAUUCCAUUUUUUUCCAUAUGUAUAGCUGAACUUCUGAUGUGCCAAACUUUUCAUAACUUUUGAAUCUUAACAUUUAAGAAAAAGUCUUAAAGGAGACACUGUAAAGUCUUAGACAAUCCUUUGACAUCUUAAGAAAAUUAUAUAUAAAUCCUAAUUUUUUUUUCCAGAAUAUGGUAAAGUACUCAGGAAUCUGGAGACAGGAUAUUCUUAAGUAGUGAACAUGGUUGCCAUAGUGCAUGUGCCCAAUUGCUUUUGCCUCUUGAUGUGCCAUUGGUGUGAAAUUUUAAGGAAGCACAAAGGAGCGUUCACCAGCUAUGGACGGGCCUGUCUUAGCAGUGUGAGGCCACCUCUGAUGACAUUCUCUACCCUUUUCUUUUUAACCCUUGCAUUCAGUCUUAACACAUUUUCUCUUAAAUAAUUUAUUCAUUCCAGAAUGUCAAGGGUCCAAAUACUUAAUAUUUAUUUUUAAAAGUACUGUUGGUGGCAUUACACUCACAAUCCUUUGUUGAUAUUUUAAAGAGCCCCUUCUUUCUCCUCUCCUAAAUUACACAGGUAUAUGAAAAUAAAGUGCACCUGCUACUAAAAUGAACAUGACACUUACGAAUGAAAAAUUCAGUUGUUCCUGUAACAUUGUAUGUUCAAGGAGCACUUGGAAACAAUCUGCUAUAAGUAAUGCAAAAUAAAGUGAGUACUUUUAUAUGUACAUACAGUACAAAUAUUCCUUAAAAAAUGGUGUUUAUAGUUACAAACCUCUGUACUUAGAUAGCAAAGGCAGAUGUAAAAUCCAAACUGCAUGUAGAGUCCACCAUGAUGAAUUUCUAGAGCCUGUAGAAUCCUGCAGUGAAUCGUGGCUCCAUACAUCAUGUUCCUGUUAUGACCUGAAGGAGAACUGUUUGCCACCUUAAGUAUUUAUGCAGUGAUUUAUAUGUGAGACUGCUAGGGAGGUGGGGGAAGGAAGGCCACACAAAUAUCUGACUUGCAAAGCUGGGAAAAUGGUGCAUCAAAAAUAUAUAUUGAAUAUUAGUCAUGUGAGAAUGUGAGCCAGAGCUUGAUGAAUGCUUGUCACGUGCUUUGGAAUCUUUGGAGGUAAGGUGCUAGAGAAACUACAAUUUUAAUUUGUAUUACUACUAGAAAUGAUGCAAAUGCUAGAGAAAAUUCUGGGAAAGAGAGAGAUAUUCAAAGAUUGUGAAUUUAUUAAAUUUCAGAGGCAGAGAAGAAAAUGCCUUUAUUUUUUUCCCCUCACACUCCACUCCUGUUCAC